CAAAGGUCCUUUUAGCUGGUGACGUGUAUGGGUUUCGUUGACAGUGUUAUGUGAAACUAAAUGAUAACGAAAGAAAUAAAACAUCGCGUAACUGUUGAUUUGGAGGUUUUGUUGUUGAUUUUGUUGGCGUCUUUAAUCGUCGCUGAAGAUGGAUACGAUUUACCACCAGACCAAUAAACAAAUCCAUGACGUUCAGUCUCAAAUGGGACGACUGGAGACAACAGACAGAGAGUCAGUCCACUUGUUUGAAAAUGAACUACAAGCAAGAAUCGAUCAGAUUUUUAACCAGUUGGAGCGACUGGAGAUUCUAGCCAGUAAGGAACCACCAAAUCGACGCCAAAACGCCAAACUCCGUGUUGAUCAGUUGAAGUAUGACGUACAGCAUCUUCAGACAGCCCUGAGGAACUUUCAGCACAGACGUUACGAUCGUGAGACGCAGGAAAAAGACAGAGAAGAGCUUUUGAGCCGAAGUUUCACAACGAACGACGCCGACACCUCGAUACCUAUUGAUGAGACCCUGCAGUUUAAUACCAACCUAUACAAUGCUCACAGAGGAGUAGAUGACCUGCUGGGCUCAGGGUCCAGCAUCCUGAAUGGCCUGAGAGACCAGAGGAGCACACUCAAGGGUACCCAUAAGAAGAUGUUGGAUGUCGCGAACAUGUUGGGAUUGUCGAACACCGUAAUGCGUUUGAUUGAGAAACGCGCUACGCAGGACAAAUUCAUCAUGAUUGCCGGAAUGCUGGCUACUUGUUUGGUCAUGUUUCUGGUGGUUAAAUAUCUUAGCUGAACUGUCUCACUUUCGGCAGACCAAGGAGCUUGAACUCAUCAUUGAGCUCAUUCCAUCUAUAAGGACCUUCUUAUGAAAAUUGACAUAAUUCAUUCUAACGUCUGUGGAAAAGUGUCAACAUUUUACAUAGCUGCCUCAGAUGGCUGCUAAAUAAGUGUGGUCAAUGGUUCUAUUCAUUAAUCUGAUGUAUAGUUUUUCGGGUGAAACACACUUUCCUCCUCUCUCAUUGCCCUUUGCUUGUUUGAAGUCUACUAAUAUAGUGACAGAAAUUAAGAGAGCAGACUUUCUGCAAGCCAGUUUAUGACUUAUGCUUUAAUCUGUGCAUUUCUUGAUUUAUAAUUUUGGGCUAAAAAUAGGUUAUAAAUCUUAGCUUGAUCUUGGAGUUUGCAUGUUCUUUGUUUGUAUCAAUUAUAUUUAUAAUGCCUCUAACCUGUCCUGUACUAGUCUGUAAAUACAAAAAUGUGAAUUUCUGCACAA